AAUACUCAUAGUCCUUUCCGUUUCCUAGCCUCAGUCAUGGCAGUGGGUAAAAAUAAGGGGCUCUCGAAAGGAGGUAAAAAGGGAGUAAAGAAGAAGAUUGUUGAUCCAUUUACUCGAAAAGAUUGGUACGAUGUUAAGGCUCCAUCGGUUUUUACUGUUCGUCAUGUUGGUAAAACAUUGGUUAACAGAACUCAAGGAACAAAAAUUGCUUCUGAAGGUUUAAAGCACCGUGUAUUUGAAGUAUCUCUUGCUGAUCUUCAGAGUGAUCAUGAUGCUGAACGAUCAUUCAGAAAAUUUAGGCUAAUUGCAGAAGAUGUGCAGGGGCGUGGUGUGCUAACCAAUUUUCAUGGUAUGGACUUGACUACAGAUAAGUUGAGAUCAAUGGUUAAGAAAUGGCAGACAUUGAUUGAGGCAGUUGUUGAUGUUAAAACAACGGACGGUUAUAGUUUGAGAGUCUUCUGUAUUGGUUUUACAAAUAAAGACCAACAAAGUACAAGGAAAACUUGUUAUGCACAACAUGCACAGGUAAGAAGUAUUCGUAGAAAAAUGGUCGAAAUUAUUACAGAUGAUGUUAGUAAAAGCGAUUUGAAGGGUGUAGUAAGCAAACUUUUACCUGAUGCUAUUGCUAAGGAUAUUGAGAAGGCAUGUCAAGGAAUUUAUCCUCUUCAUGAUGUUUACAUUCGAAAAGUAAAAGUAUUGAAAAAGCCCCGUUUUGAAUUGAGCAAACUUCUUGAGCUUCAUAAUGAUGGCCCUACAAACAAGGGAGGUGAAGGUGGAGAAACAGGAUCUAAAGUAGAAAGACCAGAGGGUUACGAACCGCCUGUACAAGAAUCGGUGUAACUUAACUAAUGAUUAUAACAUCUUAUAAAAAAAACAUAAUAAAAGUCACUUUGGUGCACAAAUGCA